UUGCCUUUUCAUAGAAGAGUUGCUUGAAGCUAAGAACUGAGCUGAGCUGAGGCUGAGGCUCUGACAAAUCUUGUUCUGCAUUCUGCCUGCACACAAAAUCGGAAAAAUCUAUUGAACCUGUGGUUGUCCCAGGCAGCACACCUUAUCUUAAGAACUAUAGUAACCAAAACAAGAUAGAGCCUUGAUGUGAAAUGCUGAUACAAGUUAGACGUACAUCUACGUUAUCACGAAGUUGAGCAAUCUGGACAGUUGAGGGCCAAGUUGAAAAUGAUGCAACCAGAUUAAGACUGAAACCAAGUUUUAGAGAAGUAGAAACAAUGAGUACUCCAGAGAAGCAGCCAAGCGUGGCGAUCACGGUGGAGGAUGAUCACAGCGUGAGGGCGCCAGUCCCUCCGUCGACGGCUAAGAGUGAGAAACCUAAAGCGUUCCUCACACAAUCCAGGACCGGGUCUGGUUCUAAGUACAGCCAGGUGUCUGGGACCUACAGUGUAGGCGUGUCUACCACGUUGGAUAGCAGGUACCAGAAUGGCGGUGGACUUGCACCUGGAAGUAAACCGGGAGGUCGUUCAGACAGCGCUGAAGGGGAUUCUGGGAUUGAUGAGGAGAAGGAGAGUCCCAGUUUUGAUAAACAAGAAGCAUUAGACAAGGUCUACCCGCUUCCUGCCGGGUGGCCACGCCUUCAAGACAAGCUCUUCAAGAGGAGGGCGAUGUUCUUCCGCAAGCCGAUGUCACCAAGCAUCGCCAAGGCAGCGGAGCAGCUCCGGCUCCUGCAGGAUCGCAUCGAGGCCUGGAGCCGCGAGGUGGAGCUGGAUAUCCUUAGUAGGAGGUCAUCAGUGAUUUCUGCUGCAAGUGAGGCCAGCAAGCAGGCUGUACCGCCCUCUAGAGGGGGAGGAGAUGUAAGCACCAGGCUUACACAGGCUGAUGGCAAAGUCCGCAAGCAGCUACGGUUUGCCACAGACACUGAUCGUACAGAGAGCAGCAUGACGUCCCUGAGCUCAAGCCACUACCCUACCCCAGCCCCUCCCCGGGGCACACCAGGCCUAGCAUCCUCAUGUGACUUCACGGUGCAGGGUGUAGGAACAGAGAUCUCUGAUAUGGACAGCCUCGCUGACAUAGCAGAGGAGACGGUCCCUCACCUUGGAGCAGAGGAGGUCAUUGAUGAGGUCGUGACCUUGCUAGGUCGCCUGGAGACGGAUCGGGGAGAUACGGAUGAGUUAUUUAAGAAGGAGCAGGUGCGUGUGGGAUGGCUGCAAGGAAAGAUUGAUCGCAUCUCACAGAAACGGCUGUAUGAGCUCCCAAAGGUAGUUCAGCAAGAGCAUGAGGCUUGUGCUACAGAUAUCGCUGAGCUGAAGUGGCACAACGCCUAUAGAGGGCGCCAGAAGGACCGCAUCCAGAACCAAGUGGAGAAUGCUGAGAUGCUCAACUCAAGAUUGAAAGAGGAUAUUGCUUUUGUGGAGAAGCAUUGCCCACUUGUGGAAGAGAAAUUGGAGUUGGAGAGAGGAGCCAUGAAAAGGAUAGAUGAAGCUCAAGAACAAACUGAUGCUGAACUGAACAGGACAAAUGAGAAGCUGAAGCGGACAGAGAACAAGUCAGCUGAGGCUCUCGGGAAAGCAGACAAAGAAAGGGAACAUAUCAAGAAAGAAUUAGAAUCUGUGAGGGAGACAUUGGAAGAAAUUAACCAUGAUUUAGAAGCAGCCAAGGUGUUGCAUUCCUCCUACACAGGCCAAUGCUCGGACCUGAGAGAUAAGAUUAAGACUGCAGAGCAUGAGAAGGUCUUACUCCAAACAAGAGAGGAGAACUCACGGAAGGCAGAAAAGUUGCAGACUGUGAAGAUCAAACAAGUCCAGGAUCGUAUCGUUGAGGCUGAGUUUGACCAUCGCAAGCUAGCUGACAAUAGCGUCUCACUCAGCACCAGCAUUGAAACACGGAGGAAAGAUCACAAAGAGUUAGUGGCUCAGUUAGAGGAGACAGCCAAAGAACGCCUAUCAACCCUGAGAUCUAAAGAACAAGACAGUAGAGAGAUGAUUAUGACACUCGAUGAUAUGGAAUCCAAAAUCAAGAAAUGCAAGAAGCAGAAGACAUCUGAUGCUAAGAACACAGAGCGUAUCAAACGAGAGAUGACCAAGGUAGAGACCCAGCUAGCGGUGGUGGAUGAGGAGUACCAGAAGAUCAAGGUUAUCAAUGUAGCUGUGAAGAACAAGCUGACUGGAGAAGAAGACAAGGCUAGGGCUAUGGAAGACUCAUUACAGAGCACAGUGGACAGUCUGAAGAAGCAGCUAAGAGAAGAGACACACACCAGGACCGUCUUACAGGCUCGCAUCACUGCUGAUACCACUGAUCUAUCUAAGAGACAGGUGGAAGCAACCAAGAAGAAAGCUAAGGUCACUCUGAGGGCAAACGAGAUGGAUGAGGUCGUUGCCAAGGUGCUGGCUGAAACAAAGAUCUUGAGAGAGAAGAGAGCUAGCAGACAGAAGGCAAUUAACAAGAUUGAGGAGAGAAUAGAGAGUCUGAAACGAGAGCAAGAGGAACUCAUCGUCCAGACGAGCAACAAGAAAGCAGAAUUAGAACCAAAAUUGAAAAAUCUUUUGAAGGAGAUUUUGAAUCAUCAAAAGCGUCUGGACCAUAUGGCGCACAGGACAGAUCUUAUCAAUAAGAAGCUGAGUGACAUGGCUCAGAGCGAAGGCUUCAUGGAUAGAGUGAUCAAGAACACUGCAGAAGAGAUCGAAGAAAUGAGUGCGGAUGUUGAAGAGAUGACCAUUCAGCUUGAGACUGGUCAGAAGCAGCAGAAGGAGUUACAGUCCUCUUUAGAGCAGGUGACCGGUAGGAUGGGAGAUAGGGACACCGGUCAUCUAGAACAUAUGGCUGCUAGGAGAGUCAUACUGGAAGAUCUGGUGAGUCAACUCCGAGCGGAUCUAGCCACCAAUGCAACCCUAGCCCAUGAAUACCGUGUGCUUCAGCAGCAUUACUAUAAGAUCAAGGAAGAGAGUAUGAACUUAUUAGAGAAGAGAACCGGUCUUGAGAUGAGUCUCAAAGAUCAUAGACAGUUGAACAGUCUUCAGAUCCGCCUCCACCAUGCCCUGUCUCAUUACUUCUCCAUACGAGGGUUGUACAACCAGAAUGAGCUGGCCAGGUUUGAGGAUAUGUCGGCCGAGAAUGAGAUGAAGAUAGGAGAACUUCAAGAAGAUAUGUUUGCAGCUAUACAAACCAUCAGUGGUUUCCUGAAUGAACAGGUUGAUGGUACGGCAGCCAGACUCGUGACGGCUGCAGCCAGCACAGCUCUGAUGGAAGGAGCAGAGAGAGGAGCAGAGAAGGGGCUUAGUACCGCCCCAGGCCCAGGGAGCAGCAUGAGAGGAGGAGGACCAAUCAUGAGAGAUAACUUCAAAGGUUCUAUACCUCUACCUAAGAUUAUGAGGACUCCUGAAGCAAUCAAAACCAACUGAUCGUCUAGGAAACUACUUAUAUGUGAUGUUGACAUCGGAAAUCAGUUAAAGAUAUGACAAGGAAAAUGUCUGAAGCACUUACAGAAAACUUCUUUUUUUUCCUUCUGUAAGAAAGAUUCAAGUAAUCAAUAAGACUAGUACAUUAAUCAUCCCUAUAUGUAUUUACCAU